UAAAAGGAUUAUUUUAUUUAAAAGUCACCUGGGAAAAGAUAGGGAACUCUCCCAAUUAUUCUAAUUUUAUUAUAAGUUGAAAAAUUGCCUGUUUGCAGUCUUUUUGGAGAUUGAAUUUUUGCUUGUAUUUUAAGCAAAUGUGUAAAUCCCUCAUCUAUAUAAACCUGGAUCAAAUCCAGCAAGCGACUCCAGCCGUGGGUGGAGCUCCAGUUGCAAUGCAUUGAUGUGGAGAUCCCUUCCUGUUUUCUCAGUAUCAUGACAUCACAUAUGUUUGAUGAUGUGUUAGAAACAGAGGUCAGAGCCCUGAAGAUCUUAGUCAUCUGUGACCCAUAUGAUGCUGACAGGGUACUGGGUUGUCCCAAGCUUUCUCAGAGUUCCUUCCACAUUAUUUCUCAUCUUGGCCCCGGGAUAAUUUAGUUAUUUCCCUCCCACCUAUGACCACAGGGAAAAGAUGGAAACCAUGUGUCAUCCUAGAAAACAUAUGAACAUCUAUCUGCAAGUCAGAAAUGAAAUAGAGAAUGACACAAAUUGUUAGAAUUAAGGAUGCAAGUUAUGUUUGCACUUAAUGCUUCCCACUGGGGAUUUUUUUUCCAAAAUAUAGGCAGACUGGGAUCAUACUGGUGCCUGUCAACUGUGAUGGUUGAUAUUGUCAGUUUGACUGUACAGGAAAUAAAUGGUGAGGUCCCUCUUCAAUACGAGCUGAAUUCAGAGCUCUGUGGUCACAAAUGAGCACAAAGCACUAGGCCCUCUCUCCCCUAGCUGCCUGCUGGUGCCUACUUGUCUAGGAACUCUGAGAGCUGGAAGGUGACAGCUAUGUGACCAUAGCUGAGUCCACCAACAGAAACUAAGGCAUUCUCAAGCCCCAAGAUAUUCAUUUGAUAAGGCUUUGGUUUAUCUCAAACCAAUAGAACAGGGAAUUUGGGAGGAGUCCAAGCUGGAAGAGAAUAAAGAUGGUAACUCUGGGUACCAGCACAUAGGAAAAAGCCAGAAUUACACAAAAGCAGGGACUUUACACACCACUGUUCCCUGCCAAAAUGCCAUGGCAACUGUUCUUUCUGUCGCUACACUAGUAUAUUAAAAACUGUUUCAUUUCACUAGUGUCUUGAAAUUGUUUUUGCAGAGUGAGGGUCUUGCUUCUUGAACCAGGAUCUAAACUCAUGUAGGAAACAUGCCUCUGUGCAUACCUGUGAGAUUUUAUCUAGAUUAGGUUAAUUGAGUUGGGAACACACACACACCCAACCCCCAUCCCCACCUCUCCACCCUCCCCAUACUAAAUGCUGGCAGGACAGUUCCAAUGACUGGGGUCCUGGAGGACUGAAUAAAAAGGAGGAAGUAAGUUGACCACUUGUGAUUUCUGCUUCCUGACUGGACAAGUCGUCUAACCUCCCUAUGAAGUGUGGAUAGUAACAAUGCUUUUAAGUUGAAGCAAAAAUUAAAUAAGACAUGAAAAUGUUUAACAUAAUACCCAACACACAGCAAGUGCUUAAAUUGAGCAAUCCUUGCAUGAUUGAUUCUGAGUUUCCUUUUUGCCCUUUUACUGCCAGCAAGUGAAAUACCUUUAAAGUGGAUAGUUCUUAGGGAUAAGCUACCUUCAGGGAACUAAGGCCACUUCUGGACAGAAGUCCCGCCUGGCAUGAGCAGCCUCUACCUGGAGGAAGAUUGCUUCCUGAAAGCAAGAGAUUCCUCCCAUACACACCAAACAUCUCCCCACAAGAGAAGUACUUGCUAGACUGGUGGGGAGCUGACUUUGCAUGUACAAUAUGUCCAUUGCCACCUUCUCUAAGCAACCAAAAGGGGCCAGAGACCCAAAUGACAGAGUUCAAGUUCUCUCCUUUCUGGCGGUUGGUUCUAGCAUUUGUUGUUGUUGUUGUUGUUGUUGUUGUUGUUGUUGUUGUUUAAAUCCGGAAAAGGACUUCCUAGAGGAGGGAGAGAAGUUGGUUCUAUUUCCCCAGAAGGAAAAAGGUCAGGACUGCCCGUCAGCAAGACCCGGGAAAUGGGUGACUCAGCUCCAUCCCUAACCUGGAGAUCCCUGAGCCUCCUCUGGACAGGAAACUGUCCCUGGCUGAGCAGUUAGUUAGAAAAGUCGGUUACAAAACUAGACACCAGUCUACAGAGCGAGAUCCAGGACAGGCACCAAAACUACAAGGAGAAACCCUGUCUCGAAAAAAAACAAAAGAAAAAAAGAAAACAAAACUAGCCAUCAGAAUGGUAGCCUGGAGAAUACUUCCAGCUUCCAGUGGAGGAAGGCUGAUCUAAACAGGAAACCCGGUUCUCAGCAGGCCCAUAGAAAUGCACAGUGGCCAGCCGGACGGUUGUGUUCCUUUCAAGAAGGAAAAUCAAGCACCACUGGCCUACUUCCACCCCGCCAAACUCCUUUCUCUCUCCAUUCUCAGCUCAAACCAGCGCUUGCCUUCUACUACUUCUACCCCCCCCCCUUUUUUUUUUUAAAGCUCUCUAUUGGCUCUAAGCCAAAAAGAAGGCGGGGGCGGGAGGUGAUUGGCUAAGGCAGAGAAGCACCACCCACUCAUUCCCCUCCGGAGUCCUCCCUGACUGAACAGCUGGAAUGAGGAGUAGGGAGAGAAGCUAGGAUUGGCCGAAAGUCAGCAGCAGGGUGUGUCCAGGCAGCACAGAUGAAGCAUUUACCUGUCUAGGUAAGUCAGGGGGAGGUCAAAAGAAGAAAACUGUAGGAGACGCGGCAGACAGGCAAGCCGGCUCCAUCUCUGCCCUUUGGAAUAGAAGGGUAUUCCUUCCUUCUCCUCAGACCCCAGCCCAGAGAAGGCCCAGCUUGGGACAUUCUUCACUUCCAUUCACUUCCCCUCUGGGAGUCCCUUUCACCACCCCUGCGCCUUGCUUCAGGUGAUGCCCAAGAGGGAGCUUUGGCCAGCAGGGUCGUGCUCAGAACCUGUGACCCACAUCGGCAGCUGUGACAGCAUGAUGAGCACCACCUCCACCCGCUCUGGAUCUCAGAGUGACAACAGCUACGACUUCCUGUCUGCCGAAGAGAAGGAGUGUCUGCUCUUCCUGGAGAAGACCAUUGGCUCCCUGGAGGCUGAAGCUGACAGUGGACUCUCCACGGACGAGUCAGAGCCAGCCACCAGUCCUGGAAGUUUCCGAGCACUACCCAUCACCCAGCAGGCUCCCCAGGUCCCCACAGGAAACCCAGAGGUGAGAGGCACUCAGCAAGUGCCAGCACCAAAGAGAGAGGCCCACUCCUCUGGUCCUCCUGAGUCUCCCGGUCUGGGCCUCAGGUCCGGUUCCUACAGCCUUCCCAGAAACCUUCACUUUGGCAGAAGCCAGAACCUCAGGGAAAGUGCCACCCAGACGAACAGCCACGGAUCUGAAACACCUGAGGUGUUAGCAGAGCCUGAGAAAGGGCGGACCAGCCAGAGCACUCAGCCCAUCCAGCCCAUCCAGCCGCCAGCCCCAUCCCAGCAGACUACCCUUGACCUGAGCACAGUUCUCAUUCCCCCACCAGAGGCUUUCCAAGACAUUAGGCCAAGACAAAGCGGGGAAGAGAGCCCACCUGAAGAGCUAGGAGAGAAGAGACACACGCCACAGGCUGGUACUCUGCUCAGCUCCCAGAAGAAAGAGGAAAUAUCUUCGGAAACUAUGUCCCAUAAAGCCACUGAGAAAGGCCGGACAGGAGGUCCACAACAGCCACAGCUGCCUCCUGCCCAGUCAUCUCAGAACAUAAGAGCUGAAGAGGCUCCCCUGCCAUCAGAAGUCAAGCCAAAUAUCCAACAGGCUCCCCUCACGGCCUCCAAGCCCCGCAGGCUGCCUCCUAAUAUCGUACUGAAGAGCAGCCGCAGCAGUUUCCACAGCCACCCCCAGAAUUGGCUGUCCAAUCACACCGAGGCUGCAGACUCUGUCCCUGUCCCUUCUUCCCUGCAGGAACAAAAGAAAGCCCGCAGAGAGGCUCUGGAAAAGCUAGGGCUGCCCCAGGACCAAGAUGAUCCCAGCCUACUUGUGAAACAUCCAAGUACCCUCAAAGUCAAGGAGGCUCAGGCUCAGAGCCCUUCCCAGGCCCAGGCCGUGGUUCAGCACACGCCUCCAACCACGGUCCCAGGGGCUGCUUCUGCUGCAGGGAAAACGUCCCCAGGGAAGGCUGUCACUCCAAUGGCCUCUUCGGGCAAGAGGAUUCCUGCCCAGGAGACCCCUCCAGGGAAGGUUGCAGCUGCCAAGUCUAUGCCCAUUCCUAUCCCUAAGGCCUCAAAGGAAAACAGUUCCCUGACACGGCCCAAGCCUGAUCCACGGCUGACCCUCCAGGAAAGUAGCAUCCCUGGCCUGAGGCAGAUAAACUUCAAGUCCAAUACCCUGGAGCGUUCAGGCGUGGGGUUGAGCAGCUAUCUCUCAGCAGCGGAGAAAGACCCCAAAUGCCAAACCAGUACAUCGCUGGGAAAGAGCCCCAUCUUGGGCAAGGCUUCACCCAGCAUCUUGCGUAACUCCCGGCCCCGGCCUGCCUCCUUGGGCAUGGGAAAGGACUUUGCAGAAAUCCAGGGGGGCAAAUUGGUUGGCCUGGAGCAGGGCCAGCGCUCCCAGCAGCUCUCCUUCAAAGGACAGAGCCACGACAAGCUUCCUCGCCCGCCCUGUGUCAGUGUCAAGAUAUCCCCAAAGGGCAUCCCUGAUGGACACAGGAGGGAGGCUCUAAAGAAGCUGGGACUGCUGAAGGAGUAGCCAGGCCACCGGCAUAGCCAGCACCAACCCACCAGAAGAGACUGGCUCUACCUAGAGCCUUUGCGGCCUCCCAGCCCGGCAUCUUCCCCGUCUGGGGUGGAGAAGGAAGAGGCUUGAGUCCAAGCAUCUGUUUGUACUCAGAGCAGUUGUGCUGUUCAGUACUGACAGAGAUCAUUCUAAAGACGAGUCUCACAGGAGCGGGAGGGAGAAGGAGAGAGAAGCCUUACAUAUCACCGACACGGUUUAUGUAACACGAAGAGCCACUGCUCAAAACUCUGUUCUUGGUUGAGAUUUUACACGUAUAAAGUUCAGCCUGUCCCAGAACUGAGUGGAAUAGAGUCCAGGGAGACGUGGACCUGAGAAGUAAGGUUGGAUGAGACAAAGGAUGAAUUAAAAAUUUAAAAGAUGGAUUACGUUGUACACGUGACUAUGGUCACAUGGGCUGUGGGAUGAGUUUCCGCAGUGAAUGGAGACUGGCUCCUGUAUGCCAUGCCUUUCUCUCUCUCAGGGUCUUCUGGAAAUGGCCUGAGGCCAAGGGGAGCUGAUUCAGUAUCUCUUACCCACUGCCUUUCCCUGUCGCUUCUUGCAGGGUAGGACAUAUCCCUGUCUCUGGAUCUCAUAGUUCACUGAUAGCAGGAGGCACUCCCAAGUCUGAGAAAGCUGGGUAAAUGGCACACACUCCUCCAUUUCUACCUGGAAGAAUCCAUGUCAUGGGCUUGAAGAAUAAAAUAAUAAACUGUGCCAUGGCCUGUG